UUCCCCGCCUUUGAGAGCCCGGGAGAGGAUAAAAUUGCAAAACCACCAUCCUCUCGUUGCUAAGAAGGCUCAACAUGUCAGUCCGCGAGCUCUGUACAUUUUCUUCUCUGUGUGAAAGAUUUUCCUUCACUUCUACCACUUCUAGGGUCUCAAAAAUCUCUACGACCUCUUUUUCUCCUCAAUUUCCAUACAGAAAUUCAAAUUCGAAUUUAUUACCAUUUUUCUAUCUUAAUUCUUCAUCCAAUCUCUCCUGCGUCGAAAAAUCUAACCUGAAGCUAUGCCGGAAUCGUCCAAAGAGAGUUUUCCGGUCAUGUGAACGUGAAUUUCUUGCCCAAAGGGAAGAAGAGGAGGAGGAAGAAGUGGGAGACUCUGAUGGUGUUUUUGAUGAGGAAACAGAUUAUGCUGUUACUGAUUCCUUUGAUAUUGAAGAAUUCGAAAAGGAGGCAAAAGAUGCUGUUAGAGAGUAUGCAUUCUCUCUAUCGAGUGAGCUAACAAUUGAAGAUGUGACAAAUGGUCAAAAGCAAAGUGGCAAGAAAAGGAGGCCGAAAAGUUCCAGUAAAAAUAUCCCUGAUCAUCUUCUUCCAAGGGUCACCAUUGUUGGAAGGCCAAAUGUUGGAAAAUCAGCAUUAUUUAAUCGUCUUGUGGGGGGUAAUAAAGCAAUAGUAGUGGAUGAACCUGGUGUUACUAGAGACCGCUUGUAUGGCAGAUCAUUUUGGGGAGACCAUGAAUUCAUGGUAGUAGAUACUGGAGGUGUUCUCACUGUUUCAAAAUCACAGGCUAAUGUAAUGGAUGAAUUGGCUAUUACAAAAACCAUUGGUAUGGAUGAAAUUCCACUUGCCUCUAGGGAGGCCGCUGUUGCUAGGAUGCCCUCAAUGAUUGAAAGACAGGCUACUGCAGCUGUUGAAGAAGCAUCAGUUAUAAUAUUUCUUGUUGAUGGCCAGGCAGGUCUAACAGCAGCUGACAUGGAAAUAGCAGACUGGCUCCGUAAGAACUAUUCAAACAAAAGUAUUAUUCUUGCUGUGAACAAAUGUGAAUCUCCACGCAAAGGAAUCAUGCAGGCAUCUGAAUUUUGGUCAUUGGGGUUUUCUCCACUUCCGUUAUCUGCUGUAUCAGGGACAGGAACCGGAGAACUUCUUGAUGUUGUUUGUUCAGAACUGAAAAAAGUUGAGGGCGUAGAAAUUCCCAGUGAAGAAGAAAAUUAUGUUCCUGCUAUUGCUAUUGUUGGCCGUCCAAAUGUUGGUAAAAGUAGCAUUUUAAAUGCAUUACUUGGAGAGGAUAGAACGAUUGUUAGCCCAAUCAGUGGAACUACUCGUGAUGCUAUUGAUACUGAAUUUACUGCACCAGAUGGUCAGAAGUUCCGCCUUAUUGAUACUGCGGGUAUUAGAAGGAGAGCAGCUGUAGCUUCAUCAGGCAGCACCACAGAGGCCUUAUCUGUGAACAGAGCAUUCCGUGCCAUUCGACGUUCAGAUGUUGUGGCUCUUGUUAUUGAGGCCAUCGCCUGUAUAACAGAACAGGAUUGCAGGAUUGCUGAAAGAAUUGAGAAAGAAGGGAAGGGAUGCGUGAUUGUUGUAAACAAAUGGGAUACAAUUCCAAACAAAGACCAGAAGACUGCAACAUACUAUGAGCAAGAUGUUAGGGAGAAGCUCCGCAUUCUUGAUUGGGCACCAAUUGUUUAUUCAACUGCAACAACUGGAAACAGUGUUGAAAAGAUCAUUGCUGCUGCUAGUAUGGUUGAGAAAGAGAGGUCAAGAAGGUUGGGAACUUCCAUACUGAAUCAAGUGAUACAUGAGGCAUUGGCUUUUAAAUCACCUCCAAGGACCAGAGGUGGCAAGAGAGGACGUGUUUAUUAUAGCACUCAGGCAGCUAUUCGCCCACCCACAUUUGUUUUCUUUGUCAAUGAUGCAAAGCUUUUCUCCGAGACCUACCGGCGUUACAUGGAAAAACAACUGCGUUCAGAUGCAGGGUUUUCUGGCACACCAAUCAGACUUCUAUGGCGUAGCAGAAGAAAAACAGAAAAAGAUGGAGAUCUUAUUGCAGGAAGGACUGCCAAUACAAGCAUUCAAAGUCCUCAAGCACAGCGAGACAGAAAAAUUCUAGCAGCAACAUGAACCAAUAUUGCCACCUUUUCCUCAACUUAGGCUAGGAUGUUGAUGGAUCAUGAUUCAGAGAUUGUAUUCUGCCAACAAAGAUGCAUGAAAGCUCCACCAUCAAAUGUGUGGCCCAAAGUAUGAAAAUUCUGAUUAUUAAUUAUGGAGGCUUUGUCCCCAUUUUUUGUCUUUGUUGUAAUUGAUAUAAUUCCAAAGUUUAGUGGAAAUUGCAGUUUUGAACUUCAAGCCCUACUGGUAGUGGCUGGCACGAGUUGUAAAUAUAUCAAAUGUUUAAUUCAUAGAGAACUGAGCACCUAUUAAAGACAAAGAAGAGACAGGAAGAGGAAGGAUACCAAGUUAA